GCACUUCCUCAGUUGGGCUUGUAAACUUAGAAAUAAUUCUCAUAGCAUUAUCAUGUCUCAUAAAUUCUGCUGGAUAGUUGUGAUCUGUGCAAUUUCAAUCAUCAAUGUCAACUGUUACGAUACCAAAUACGAUAAUGUCAACCUGGAUGAAAUCUUCAAGAGUACUCGUUUGCUCAACAACUACAUAAAUUGUUUGAAAAAUAUGGGACCCUGCACUCCGGAUGCUAAGGAACUAAAAGAGCUUCUACCGGACGCCCUGGAGAGCGAAUGUGCCCACUGUACCGAGAAGCAAAAGGUCGGCGCCGAAAGGGUCAUCAAUUUCGUCGUGGACAACCGACCUGAUGAUUUCAAAAUCCUUGAAUCGAUGUACGAUCCGGCGGGUGAAUAUCGCCGAAAAUACCUGCGCGAUCAUCCGAACUUUCACGAUCAAGGUGCGCCGCUCACCGCGGCUGAUGCAACGGAAAACCCACCAUCGUCAAAUGGCGGCGACGAGGCACCGACCGAGGAAUCGCAGCAAAAUCAAGGCCAAUCGGAGGACGGAGACGACCGUCGACGUUAGAAAUCGGUCAAGUUUGUCUGUUUCAUUUUCGUCAGUGAGGGUGUGAAAUGGCUUGGGCCGAAAGUGGUGUGAAUCAAUAUUUGAAACAAGUUUCCAAGUUGCACAUUGUAUGAAAAAUUGAAACAAUAUAGAAGAUGACUAGUCGUUGAGCAAUGAA